GUGACAGCUGGGAUGGCUGAGUGCUCGUAAGAAGCCUUCAUCUCCAAAUAGGAUGACCAGCCAACACAGUGGAGAAACUGUGCCUCGUUGUCGCGUAUGAUUCGAACCACCCAUUGUUAGUUCUUGGACGUCUGUUUGGUUCUGUUCAGUUAUUUUCAAAGGAUACUUUAAGAAGGAAAAGGGGAAAAAACAUCAACGGCAUUUCAAGUGGAUUUCCAAUGGAUAUUCCGAUCUGAGGAGGUGCGCGAGAGCACGGUAGAAGUAGAGAAGUAGUCACGGAGCCUACAGCGCCACCAUGAGGUCGGAGGCCUGGCUGCUGUCCCUCACCCUUCUGCAGGUGGCGGGAGCCGGCUUCCCUGAGGACAGCGAGCCUAUCAGUAUUUCACAUGGCAACUAUACAAAGCAAUAUCCUGCAUUUGUGGGCCAUAAACCAGGCAAAAACAACACGCAACGACAUAAACUGGACAUUCAACUGAUCGUUACUUUGAACCGGACCCUUUACAUCGCUGCAAGGGAUCACAUAUACACAGUGGACAUCGACACAGCCAACAGCGAAGAGAUCUUUUUCAGCAAGAAGCUGACCUGGAAGUCCAGGCAGGCGGACGUGGACACCUGUCGGAUGAAAGGGAAGCACAAGGAUGAAUGCCACAAUUUCAUCAAGGUGCUCCUGCAGCAGAACGAGGACACGCUGUUUGUGUGCGGAACCAAUGCAUUCAACCCUGCCUGUCGCACCUACACGAUGGAUGCACUGGAUGUCCUUGGGGAGGAGAUUAGUGGGAUGGCACGCUGCCCUUAUGAUGCCAAGCAUGCCAACGUUGCCUUGUUUGCUGAUGGAAAGCUUUACUCGGCCACAGUAACGGACUUUCUGGCCAUCGACGCUGUCAUCUAUCGUAGCCUGGGAGACAGUCCAACACUGCGCACUGUCAAACAUGACUCCAAAUGGCUGAAAGAGCCCUACUUCGUCCAGGCUGUGGAUUAUGGGGACUUCAUCUACUUCUUCUUCCGAGAAAUUGCUAUGGAGUACAACAGCAUGGGAAAGGUGGUGUUUCCCCGCGUGGCAAGGGUCUGUAAGAAUGACCGCGGCGGCUCUCAGCGCGUGCUGGAGAAGCAAUGGACGUCUUUCCUGAAGACGCGACUCAACUGCUCCAUCCCCGGGGAUUCACACUUUUAUUUCAACAUCCUACAGGCUGUCACCAAUGUCAUCCACGUCAGCGGGCGUGACGUUGUCAUGGCAACCUUCUCUACUCCAUACAACAGCAUCCCUGGCUCGGCUGUGUGUGUGUACGACAUGGCAGAUGUGACAGCGGCCUUCUCAGGCCGCUUCAAAGAGCAGAAGUCCCCCGACUCCACCUGGACCCCUGUCCCUGAGGAGAAGGUGCCCAAGCCCAGACCUGGCUUUUGUGCUGGCACGCCGGUGAUGGAGAGGUACAAGGUGUCCAAUGAGUUUCCUGAUGACACUCUGAAUUUCAUCAAGAUGCACCCUCUGAUGGAUGAAGCUGUGGCCUCCAUUGGACACAGACCCUGGUUUCUCAAAACUAUGGUCCGGUAUCGGCUGACGCGCAUCGCUGUAGACAGCGCAGCUGGCCCAUACGGGAAUCAUACAGUGGUGUUCCUGGGCUCCGAGCGAGGGAUCAUCCUCAAGUUCCUGGCUAAGUUGACCAACGGCCUCCUCAACGACAGCCUGUUCCUGGAAGAGCUCAAUGUCUACAACCCUGACAAGUGCAGCGUUGACGGCGUGGAGGACAAGCGCAUCAUCAGCAUGCAGAUCGACAGCAGCAGCCACUCUCUGUUCGUGGCCUUCACCUCCUGCGUGGUCAAGGUGCCGCUCUCACGCUGCCAACGCCACGGGAAGUGCAAGAAAUCAUGCAUCGCCUCCAGGGAUCCAUACUGUGGAUGGGUAUCAGAGGGAGCGUGCAAGCCAUUGAUGCUCAACACAAAAUGGGCGUUUGAGCAGGACGUGGAGCAGGGAAACACAGAUGGACUGGGAGACUGCCAAAACUCUUUUGUGGCCCUGAAUGCCUUUCAUUCCAAUCGUCUUGGUUAUGACAUGACAUCCAAGUUUUUCCAUGCAGGCGCCCCCACCUCCCCCCUGCUCACCACGGCCUUGGCCCCAGCCGCUGGACCUCUGGGCCGUGGGGGGAUGGUCAAAGCGGAGGAGCCCGCGCGCGAUAAGACGGACCCCUACAUGGCAGUGCCCUCGCAGACGCAGCAGGACGCCAGCGGUGUGAUCCGUGAGAGCUACCAGAAGGAGCGGGAUCAGAUGGUGCCGGUGACCCUGCUGGCCAUCGCGGUGAUCCUGGCCUUCGUGAUGGGCGCCGUCUUCUCGGGCCUGGUGGUCUACUGCGUGUGUGACCAGCGGCGGCGCCACUUUGAGACGUCCUCGCGCCACGACAAGGAGCUCCCGCACUCCCGGCGCGGCUCCAUGAACAGCGUCACCAAGCUGACGGGGCUCUUCGAGACGGGCGGCAGCUCCAAGGACCCGCGCGCCGCCGAGGCCGUCCUCACGCCGCUCAUGCACAACGGCCGCCUCACGUCGGCCAACGGCAAGAUGCUCAUCAAGGCCGACCAGCACCUGGACCUGUCGGCCCUCCCCACGCCGGAGGCCACGCCCAUGCAGCCGCGCCGCAAGCCCAGCAGGGGGAGCCGCGAGUGGGAGCGCAACCAGAACCUCAUCAACGCCUGCGCCAAGGACCUGGGCGGCCUGGGCUCCCCCACCCUCAUCCCCACCGACCUGCCCCUGCGCUCCUCCCCCGGCCACAUCUCCAGCGUGGUGGUGCUGCCCCUGCCCCAGCACCAGAUGCAGGCCUACCAGCACGAGUACGUGGAGCAGCCCGGCGGCCCCAUGGAUGAGCAGGGCGCCACGCUGGAGUACAAGACCAUGAAGAGCCCGUGCCCAAGCGGCCUGACGCUGGUGGAGGACGGCGAGGGGGGCGUGAGCAUGGGCAUGCUGCUGCCGCCGCGUGUGCCCCAGCGCGAGGCCUCGCUCAGCGUGCCGCCGCCCUCCGUCCCGCAGAUGGGCAAGCGGCUGGAGGUGCACGGGCACGAGCAGCGGCGCGGCUACGCCCUCAAGGCCUCGGCCGCGCUCAAGCGCCACAACACCAACUCCUCCAACUCCUCGCACCUGGCUCGUAACCACAGCUUCUCCCGCGUGGAGACCCCUCCCCCGGCCCCCCAGCGCGUGGACUCCAUCCUCAUGACCACGCUGUCGCGGGCGGGGGGGUCCUACGGCUCGCUGCCCCGCUGCGGAGCCCGGCUCUUCAAGCCCGACGUGCCGCCCAAGCCCUCCCCGGCCUCCCUCGCCUCCUCCCGAGUCAAAUCCCCCAGCAGUGACUCGUACACAUAAUGGCCGUGGCCGCUCUGCUCGAACCUCCUCGCCAUCCACGUCCUCUCGUCCCUCCUCCUGCUCGCUCACCCCUGCGACACUCUCUGGAGAAAAAAAAACAGAAUCAAAAGCAACAGAGGCAAAACAGGGAACACGCACUCUAACACAAAAAAAAACCUAUUGACUUUGUACAUUGUUGUACAGUAAAAAGCAGCACUUCUCUGAAAGAGAAAGAAAAAAAGAUGUCUAUAUAUAAAUACAAGUGUGGCAUGGCUGGGCAGACUGCGCCGGUGCUCCUGGAGGAGAGACGCAACACAUGCUACUGAAAUGAUCAGGAACGCUCUUCAUCAUGUCAUCAAACCGUGGGAUUGAAGAGUCGCUCCAUGACGUUCACAUGGGAAUCGAGCCCAGAGCCGACACGGUGACUUGACUGGGCUCUCUGCUCUGUGAUCAGUCUGCCAAAAGCACACCAGAGAGGGUGAGUGAGGAGCAGUUGUAUAUUUGUGAAGGGGCAGAGGCCCAGAUUAGCACUUGGGACACAACAAGCAAGUUCUGACUGGAACAACAGCCUUGAGUUUACACCAUAAAAAAGAAAUGAA